GUUUGAGGGGCAGUCACCUUUUUCCAAUAUCCCACGUGUCAGUUAGGGCUGACCAAGCACCUACAAACAUCGAUCGAAACUUCUUGUCCAUCCGAUCCCUCGGGCGUCGGCGAAGGUGCGCCUCUUUUAACACGAGCGCAAAUUUAUCACAAUUAAAGAAAUGAGCAGGUAUAUUUGGUUGUGGGGCGGCAUCCGGUAACUGUACGUACAUUCGACGGGGAUUCCUGGUUCAUGUUUUUAUUAUCAUCAUCACCAUUGCCAUUACCAUUAGCAUUAGCAUCGGCAUUCAUUGGCGGAGGCCCUGGGACUCUUUCCUUGCCGGAUGGAUGGAUGAUAAGCAUAACUAUAAGAAACCAGGUUUCAGAAAAGGCCAGUGUUUUAUUGCCAAUUGUUGCGUUGAUUGCUUAUCUGCAAAGAAUCCGUUAAAUGGCAUAUUGGUUAAACGAAAACUACGAUUCUUAGUUUGUUUGCCUUCUCACGCUAGAGCUGUGAACCCCAGGCGUAAAUUAAUUUAGCGUCAGCGAAAUAAACCGCAUGCUUUAAUCCUGUGAGGCCAUUAAGAAGAUAUUUUUGAGGCAUAUUGGAGUGACGGGUAUUAUAAAGGCUCUAAUACUUUGAAGUUUUUUAGUUCAGUUGGUUACCUAUGCACUGUUAAAUAUUUUGGUGGUCACUACAAAUGGUAAUCUGUUAUUGAAUUGGCAUGCAAAUGGCAGGGCAGAAAUAAUUUUGUCAAUGUUUAAUAGCAGUCUCAUGCUGUAGAGUGCAAACUAAAGAGUUCUGUAACAGUAAAGGAACAAGAUUGCAAUAAUUUUGGGCCAUUGGUUUUCAUGUCACUGACAGUUUUAUGUGCUGGAAGUAUCCUGCGUAAUAAUUUCUAGUCAAUUGAGAAUCAAUUCUCAAGUUUGACAGGAAAUUUAUCUAAACAACAAAAAGGUUGCUAUAGCAAUAUUCAGUGGUUUAAAAAUCUAUUGAUAAUUUGAUACUGAAUUUGCACCUUAAUAAAAAGCUUCUGGAAUAUUUAUGAUCUUCAGCAGAGGUCAAUUUCAACCUUGUGGUGCCGCAGUUCUGGUUUCUGCUUGUAAAAUCUUAAUUGCAUGCUCAAUUAGCUGCGGGCUUUUGAGAAAUCGAGUUUCAAAAGUUAGUACUCUAUCUUGUAUUGAGAGGGACUUGUGAGUCAUUGGUUCAAUGGUAGGGAGGGCUAAAUGGAACUUUUUAGCAGACAAUGGAAGUAUGGCAAUAUUUACAGGUAUAGUGAAGGCCACAAGCUCAUUGUUUUUAACUGGAGAAGAAAACACAUUCCGUACAUGGGCAAUAAUUGUUGCGGGUACUUUUGUUCUUAUUGCCGUUUGCCUGUCAAUGUUCCUCAUCUUUGAGCACCUGACUGCUUACAAAAAUCCUGAGGAACAAAAAUUUCUUAUUGGAGUUAUAUUAAUGGUUCCUUGCUAUGCAGUUGAAUCGUUUGUGUCGCUGGUGAAACCUGCAAUUUCGGUUGAUUGUGAAAUCCUACGGGACUGCUAUGAGGCCUUUGCUAUGUACUGUUUUGGGAGAUACCUUAUAGCCUGCUUGGGUGGAGAGGAAAGAACUAUUGAGUUCAUGAAGAGGCAGGGUCGUUCAAAUGCCAAAACACCCCUGUUAGAACCUUCCUCUGAGAAGGGAUGUGUGAAGCACCCUUUCCCACUGAAAUAUUUCUUUAAGCCAUGGAAACUUGGACAGUGGUUUUUCCAAGUUGUUAAAUUCGGUAUUGUUCAGUAUAUGAUAAUAAAGACAUUUUGUGCGCUUUUAGCAGUGGUGCUUGAAACAUUUGGGGUUUAUUGUGAAGGAGAGUUCAAGGUAAAUUGUGGGUAUCCUUACCUGGCAGUUGUGCUCAACUUUAGUCAGUCAUGGGCAUUGUACUGUCUGGUCCAAUUUUACACAGUUACGAAGGAUGAGCUGGAGCCAAUCAAGCCUUUGGCAAAGUUUCUUAUGUUUAAGUCCAUUGUAUUUUUGACAUGGUGGCAGGGUGUUGCAAUAGCAGUUCUGUAUUCGUUGGGCUUAUUUAAAGGCGCUAUAGCACAAGGUCUGCAAUCCAAAGCAAGUGUUCAAGACUUCAUUAUAUGCAUAGAGAUGGGUGUUGCUUCGAUUUUUCAUCUCUAUGUAUUCCCCUCAAAACCGUACGAACUUAUGGGAGAAAGGUGUAUUGGAAGCGUUGCUGUUAUGGCAGAUUAUGCCUCUAUAGAUUCUCCUUUAGAUCCAGAAGAGGUGAAAGACAGUGAACGUCCAACAAAGAUGCGACUUCCACAGCCAGACAUUGAGGGAGGAGGGACAAUGACAUUCAGAGAAAGUGUCCGUGAUGUGGUUUUCGGAGGUGGUGAAUAUAUUGUGAAUGAUGUAAAAUUUACUGUACACCAUGCAGUAGAACCUGUUGAAAAAGGAUUUACACGGAUUAAUGAAACAUUUCAUCAGAUCUCACAAAAUAUCAAACGCCAUGAGAGAGAGAGAAGACAUACUAAGGAUGAUAGUUUUGUUUUGUCCUCAAAUUCAGCCAACAGAGUAAUACGUGGAAUAGAUGAUCCAUUGUUGACAGGAAGCAUCAGUGAUAGUGGAAUAACCAGAAGCAAGAAACAUAGAAGUACUUCUGGGAACGCAAGUGCCGAAAGUGGGGGAGAGAACAGUGACACUGGUGGUGGUCGAUAUGAGAUUCAUGGUAGAAGAUGGAUUUCGAAGGACUAAUGGUGGAGAUUUAUUUUAGGCUGCAAGAUUUUUCUCCGUGAAGUUUUGAACAUACUAUAUAUUGCUCUGCUGUCAUUCCACGUGAUGUAUAUGGGACUGAAAAACACUUAAAACAAUCACACUGGGCUUUUAUCCUCAAAAGAUAGAGGAUCUGUCCAUGAGGAGGCUCCAUUCAUUUGAUGUGUCAGUACAUGGUUACAUGUAUUUCAGCUGCUAGUCAGAAGUAUGGUUCACAUGUCUUCAAUCGUUGGACCUUUACCUGUAGAUAACAGAGAAACUGAUUUGAAAAUGUUUUAAGGGGCAAAUUCAGGAAAUAUUCUGCCAUUGCGAUAUACAUUCAAUCAUUCUUUUUCAUUUGGAUGAAUGAUCCUGGGCAUCUGUAAUAUUUCACAUAAUGCAAUUGAGUAUCAUCCCUGCAGGCAUAUCCCCUUUUCAAAA